AUCGUGGACAGCCGACAGGCGAACGAACUUCAUGGCGAGGGCACCAGCACCGGCCAGCUGGGGGCAUUUACCAACAGAUAAUGAAAAUGGAGAUUAUUGUAGUUAUGUCUAAACACAGCGCUUUAAACACGCAUAGUGCUACGUGUUACCGUUCUACAAAUCAGACGCUGCAGACGGCGGGUACCUCAGCAGCGAGAUGCCGUGGACAUCACGCCUGCCAGGGUGGCCGUGACUGGGAAAUUGCUCCAGAGGCGAUUUUUAAAGCAGGAGGAGAACGGCGCGGGUUGUGAGGUCUGCAGUAAGCCUUACUGACCGGGACCUUUCACGAGGCCAAAGUCCACAGGGACUUGGAGCAUCCCGAGAUACUGAGAGAGGCGGGGGAAACCAAGACCCAAGCUCUGAGAUCGCAGCAGCAGUUCCACUGGAAGAGGGGCUUUGGAUGCAGGACCUGAUGCUGUGAAAGCUACCGGGUGUGCUUUCAGUGCUUACAGCCCGACAGCAGCCUCAGGGAAGAACUUAUCCACACCUGAGAAGGAAUAUAUCUCAGGAAAGGCUGCGCGGUUCAGCUGCAAAGGAUAAGGGGGAAGGUUCUCUUUAACGUGAUUCCUUACAAGUAGUAUUUCCUCAUCAUGGAUGAGCUAUCACCUGAAGAAAUUCAGCUGAGGGCCAACCAGGUCACUGAUGAGUCUUUGGAAAGCACAAGGAGGAUUCUUGGCUUGGCCAUUGAGUCCCAGGAUGUUGGCAUCAAAACUAUUACCAUGCUGGAUGAGCAAGGAGAACAACUAAAUCGUAUAGAAGAAGGCAUGGACCAGAUAAACAAGGACAUGAGAGAAGCUGAGAAGACACUGACAGAGCUCAACAAAUGCUGUGGGCUCUGUGUCUGUCCUUGCAACAGGACAAAGAACUUUGAGGCCAGCAAAGCAUACAGAGCAACCUGGGGAGAUGGAACAGAGAACUCAGCAGACCAUGUGAUAUCCAUGCAGCCAAGAAGUAUAAAUCAGCGGCAGCCUCAGACUUCUGGAGGACCAAGUGGUGGAUAUAUUACAAGGAUAACCAAUGAUGCCAGAGAAGAUGAAAUGGAUGAAAAUCUUGCUCAAGUUGGAAACAUUCUUGGGAAUUUGAAAAACAUGGCUUUGGAUAUGGGCAAUGAGAUUGAUGCCCAGAAUAAGCAAAUAGACCGGAUAAAUGUAAAGGCCGAUACAAACAGGGAACGCAUUGAGCAAGCAAACAUCAGAGCCAAGAAACUAAUUGAAAAUUAAAGCCUGUUGUCAUUGUUCAAUGACAGUCUCUCCAGCUGCAAGCCACCAUAUUCAUGGAUCUGUGAAACUUCUAUUCUGAAAUAAGAGAGGCUGGGACAAAUGAAGCAGUACCCCUUCUGUAGGGAUUAGUUAUCUUUUAUUGCUUCAUGUAAACAUGGUCUUGACUCCAAGAAAGCAGCCAACUUCCUUCUACUCAUCUGCCUUCACUUUCUUUAAACUGCUCAGGGCUAAAAGUGUUAGGGCUUUGAGAAUCUUCUUGCAUGUUUGAUUUCUCUUCCCAGUUUCUUUUUUUUUUUUCCCUGCACUAGAAAUUCAGUCCUUUAUUUAAGUUGAACAAGCAGGGUAACCUGAAUUCACAGCUGUGGAAAGUUGGAGAGGGCACUUUGCACUGUUUGAAAUACCUCAUAAGUUGAGUGUCUUCACUAAAAUAGGGACUAGGUGAAUGUUGUCUGAUUUGUAUCUCUAGCAUCUAACCAUAGUUUUACAACCCAAACCACAUGAUUGGUUUGGAGUUGAAUUUGUGGAUCACAGAAUUGAAGAGGCCCAUUACUUACAACUUGUGGGUUGAGGGCUUUAAAACACUUCCUAACCACAUGAACUUUAAGGUAAUGGUAGCCAGAGGGAUAUACAGGUUUCCAUUUCUUUACUGUAAAUUGACAUCAGUUUGGAGGCCAUGACUAAUCAUGCUGCACUGUUCUGAUAAUAUUGUUGUGUGUAUAUACAUAUCUGAUCUAAGCCCCAUGCACACAAGUAGAAGAAAAUAAAACUAUCUCCCUAAGGUAUUUAUUUGAUGGAAAAUUUUACACCUCUCAUCUAAAAGCUAACUUUGAAGUGUUUGAAUGAGGCAUCUGAACUGGAAGAAACGGAGUAGAAAAGCAUGCAGCUUGCUUGCAUUCCCAUAUCUUACUCUCUUUUGGCCACUUUUCACUGGAGUUCAGUUUAUGCCUUUCUCCAGUGCAAAUUAAUGAUUGAGAUCUGGUGCAGAGUUUGCUCUCAGCAGUGACUUUGGGGGUGCUUCUAAACCCUACCAAAACCAGAGAAGCUUAUUGUGAAACUUCUUUGUCACAAGCCUGGAUGAAGCAAUAGCUAUUUAUGAACUGUAUGCUAGUUCUAAAUAAACUAGUUCUAAAUAGAUUCCUGACUGGUUUAUUAUUGAAGACAUUGGGACUGGCAGUUGGAAAUAUUAUAUGUCCAAGUUGCUUGCAAAUAAAAUGUUCUUACAGGUGAGGUAAACCACUCUCCUGUGAAGAAAAAUAGUCUGGUUUUACUGUAAUAUAAAAAGAUUUUCUUGAAAUCUUAAUAAUAAUUAAAUUCUAAGUGACUUAGGUUAUUUUAACUCCACCCAGCAGUAUAUUAUGCCUGUUUUAAAGUUGAAAAUGAUGUUUUGGACUAACCUGUGAUACUCAGUGUUGGAUGGCAAAAAUCUUCAAACCAAAUUGAUCGGACAAAUAAUUAAAACUUAAUAGCAUUAUGGGGUGCUUUUUUGAAGGACAGUCCACAAAUGCCCUGUGGCUACUAAUAUUGAAUCCCAGAGUCAGAGAUGACACUAAUCCACCAAAAUGCAGGACAGUGUUUAAGUGUUCCAUUUUCUUUUUAAAUAGUAGAAAUAACAGUCAGUGUUACCAGUAUAUUUUCAGUUGGGUCCCAGUACAACUUGAUAAAGAAAAAAGAACCAAAACCAACAACCACACGCACAAAACCCACAACCCCCCACCAAACAAAAACCCAACGAAACAAAAAAACCCUAAACAACUGACCAAAGGAUGGGGCAGCUGCAUGCAAAAAUAGGCCAGUGGUCGUUUGCCUUAUGUGAAUAAGGUGAAGUCAUUUUUAGAGGAAUAGAUACUUGAGUAGUGUGGGUUGGCUCCUCUCUAGCUUCCAGUAAUUGUUGGAAUGCUACUGAAUUUCAAAAUCUCACUAGCUACCCACUCAGUAAAUUAAGAUAAUGUGCUUAAAAAUGCAAGUAGCAAAGAAGUACUUUUAAGAACAUUACAUAAUAAACUUCGAACAGCCACCUGCAUAGAGACUUUGUAUGUCUUUUUUUCCUUCUUAAAAACUUCAGAUUAACUUAAUGAAUAUUUGCUGCUAGUUGUGAAAACAAAAGUAUAUGUUAUUUAAUUAUGAUUGUCUCCUGCAACAGAAGACUGAAGUGGUUACCUUAUUCUGCUUACACAGUGCAAGCCUGCUCUUUAGCAUUUGGACAUUCCAAACAUCAGAAUGUUUUUCUCCCUUGCCAUUGUUCUUGUCCUUGACUAGCCUAAUCUCUACCAAUAAAUGAGCAUGCUGGCUGAUAAAAUGCUGUGAUUGGUAUAUCAAAACUGUAAUAUUGUAGUGAAUACCACACAAAAUAAUUUCUGAGACUCUUGAGUAUUAUCUGAGUAUCAAUGCUAUUUUCUGAUGCAGCAAGAGCCAAAUCUGUGAGGGAGUUGGUGCCUUUAUAUUAGUCAAAAACAGUUUGCUUCUUGGAUGUCUUACUGUUGUCUAUAGAGUAGAUGCUUAAUUUACAUAUCUAUGGUAUGAAAUCAACACUUGCACGUCUUUGUAUGUCUAAAUGCUAUUAAGAAUGAAGGUUUACAGUUUCUGCUUUUGAUUGUUACACUAUAUAUUGUGCACAAAAAAUACAUACUUUUAUAACUGAA